AUGAUUUCCAGACCAAACGUGGGAAGAUUAAUUGAAAUCCUUGCAGAAGAAGAAAAGCUGAAAGGUGGUGGACAAAAGUCCUUGAGAGUUCCUGAAGUGACUGAACGCUUGAGAAGAGCAGGUCAGCCACAGCAAAAAGGGAAAAUUUAUACGAGAAAUGCCAUGGAUCCUCAGCAUGCAGAUGCUUCUGUUCAGAAGGGCCCUAACACCUGGAAGCCCACUGCUAAUUUCGAUGAUGUGAAUUUCUCAUCCCGAAGUGAAAACAGAGAAGAUCGUACAGUGGCUAGAGACCGGUGGAGAGGCGAAGAUGAGGACGCGGCUCACGAGACCGAGGCUGACUCCUGGGAGGAAGGUCCUUUCUGGAGUGUGCCAAAGGCACAGCGAGUCCUUUUAACUCAGGUUUGGUCGUGGCGGCUGAUGCCGCCAGUGUGCAAGGAUCCACCCUACAAAGUUGAAGAAUCUGGAUAUGCUGGAUUCAUAUUACCAAUUGAGGUUUACUUCAAAAACAAGGAAGAACCUAAGAAAGUUCGAUUUGACUAUGACUUAUUCCUGCACCUUGAAGGCCACCCACCUGUAAAUCACCUCCGCUGUGAAAAGCUCACAUUCAACAACCCAACAGAGGAAUUCAGAAGAAAGCUGCUAAAGGCGGGAGGGAUCAUGGUAAUGUCAGAUGGCACAUCAUUCUCUUCAGGACUGAGCCUUCAUCUCCCCAGCCUUCCCAGUAACUCCUUGCCUUUUUCUGAAGUGAAGAAAAAAUCAUCUCAUGGGCCAAAGGACCCGGCUAGGAUUCUGAACACAAAUAGCAGCAGCAGUAGUAACAGUUUUACAAAGACCCACAAGUUAACAAAAGAGCACAAAGAAAAAGCUUCAAAAGACUCAAGAGAACAUAAAAGUGCCUUCAAAGAAUCUUCCAGGGAACAUAACAAAUCUUCCAAAGAAUCCUCUAAGAAACCCAAAGAAAACAAACCACUAAAAGAUGAAAAAAUAGUUCCUAAGAUGGCCUUCAAGGAACCUAAACCCAUGUCCAAGGAGCCAAAAUCUGAAAACACCCCAAUCCUUACCGUAACUUGUGGGCAGCAACAAGAAAAGAAGACCCCUACAAAAAGGCCCUCUGUUCUGGACACUGAUGAAACUUCUGCAAAAAAAAGAAAGAAAAGUGGCUCAUAUUCAUUAUUUAAAAGUUUUUCUAGUGACCCACCACUGAUUCUUACUUGUUCAGCUGACAAAAAACAGACAAAGGAUAGAUCUCAACCCAAGAUGGGGAGAGUCAAAAUUGAAAAUGAUGUACUGGAAAGGAAGACCCCUACUCUGCCACCGUUCGAUGAUAUUGUAGAUCCCAAUGAUUCUGACAUGGAUGAAAACAUGUCCUCCAAAUCUGAAACUGAACAGCCCAGUCCUGCCAGUUCCAGUUCGAGUUCCAGCUUUACAUCCUCUCAAAACAGCAGACAACAAGGUCCAUUGAGGUCUAUAAUGAAAGGUCUGCGUUCCGAUGAUAAUGAAGAUGAAUCAGAUGAAGCAGAUGAGAAUGACAAUGAUUCAGAGUUGGAACGACCUGUAAAAACACGAGGAGGAAGCAGGAGUCACAGGGUUAGUCUGAGUGAUGGCAGUGACAGCGACAGCAGUUCAGCUUCCUCACCACUACACCAUGACCCAGCACCACCCUUACUGAAAACCAACAACAACCAGAUUUUAGAAGUGAAAAGUCCAAUAAAGCAAAACAAAUCUGAUAAACAAAUAAAGAAUGGGGAUUGUGAUAAGGCAUAUCUCGAUGAACUAGUAGAGCUCCACAGAAGAUUAAUGACAUUGAGAGAAAGACAUGUACUGCAGCAGAUAGUAAAUCUUAUAGAAGAAACCGGACAUUUUCAUAUCACAAAUACAACCUUUGACUUUGAUCUUUGCUCACUGGAUAAAACCACAGUCCGUAAACUACAGAGUUAUCUGGAAACAUCUGGAAUCUCCUGA